AUGUUAACAAGAGAAAAUAUUAUUACUUCUUUUGAUCAUAAACAAGAUCCAACUUCAGUUGAUAAACUUCAUCGAAGAAAUCCACAUACUGUUCGACAAGAAAUUCAAUCAUUCGAUGAUGUUAUACUUGAAACAACGCUUGAUGAUGUACAAUUAAAUGAAAUGCCUGGUUUACAAGAUACAGAACAAUGGAAACGUAUUGCUACUCGAUCUUUUCAAGCACCAUCUCCACUUUCUCAUAAAUAUGAUCAAACAAAAACUUCAAUAGUUGAACUACAAAAUGAAAAAACUCAAGAAAUAUUAGAAUCUUCUCAUCGAACACAAUCUACAAAAACUGAAGAUGAUAAAUCAAAUAUUGAUCUAUCUUUAUGGUGUACACCACGUCGUCGAAUUUUAUUUAUUUUAUCUAUGGUUAUUAUUAUGGUAGUUAUUAUAGUUGUGGUUGUUGUUACAGUUAUCUUAGUUCGAAAACCUAGUCCAAUAAUAACGGAUUAUUAUUCGGGUUAUAUUAUUGUUCAAGCUCAUUUUGAUCCUGUACUAUUAUCUUUAUCAUCAUCAUUAGCUGUUAAUUAUCAAAGAGAAUUUUGUUUAUUAAUCACUAAAGCAUUUGUUGAUCCAAAAACUAAAUAUGCAGUAUUUCAUUCUACUUGUCGUAUAACUAAUUUUCGUAAUGGAAGUAUAAUAGGUGAUUUUAUACUUGGUUUUACACGUUAUCAAAAUGUUACACGACUUAAUACAUAUCUUAAUCGUACAUUAGUUCAUAAACAAUUAUUUGGUGGUAGUAUUUUAAAAAUUGUAUUUAAUUCAACAAUAAAUGAUGAUACAAAUAAUCAUUUGACAAGAAUAUCAACAUUAUCCUCGAAACAAUCUAAACGGAUUGAUGAACGACAAAAACGAAUGCAAGAUUAUGUAUUACAAGAUAAAUUAGUAUCAUCUAAACAAGAUUACCAUAAUGAUCAUUCAUCAUAUAAUGAUAAAUCAAGUUCUUAUCUCGCUACAAUAUCAUAUCGUUGGAAUUCACUUAAUAAUCUUAGUAAAAUUUAUCAUAGUUCUUCGACAGAAACUUAUAAACUGAAAUUUACAGAUAGAAAGAAAUCAUUAACAUCAAAUAAAAAUCUUACAAUAUAA